UUCCCCUUGUGAAACUCGGCUGUUUUCCCUAAUGUAAUCCACGUGUAGCAGAUCUGAACACUAAUUCUAAUUUUGCUUGUAUUACUAGAUGGUAAAAUGGAAAACAAAGAAAAUUCAUGCGGUGGUGAAAACCAACCAUCUAAGAAAGGACUGAAGAAACAACAGAAAGCAGCAGAAAAAGAAGCAAAGAAAGAAGCAAGGAAGCAGGCUCAAGGUGAACAGCAGGUUUCACAAGAAGAAGAUGUAUCAAAAGGUUUCUAUGGUAACAUGCCUAUGAUCCAAUCUACAGAAAGACCUGACCGAACCAUAUUAGAUCUGAAAGAUUUAACACCAAGCUUGAAAGAUAAGAAAGUGUGGGUUAGGGCUAGGCUGCAGACAAGUAGAGCAAAAGGGAAGCAAUGUUUCUUUGUUCUAAGACAACAGAAAUGGACUAUACAGGCUCUAGUAUGUGUUGGACCUAAUGUCAGUAAACAGAUGGUGAAGUUUUCUGCUGGCAUAAACAAAGAAUCAAUUAUUGAUGUGGAAGGUUUUGUGCGUACUGUUGAUCAGAAAAUAGAAUCAUGCUCUCAGCAUGAUGUUGAACUGCAUUGUGAACAGGUGUGGGUGGUCAGUUCAGCAGCUCCACGACUUCCGUUAUUAAUAGAAGAUGCUUCUAGACCAGAGACAGAUGAUGCCUUAGCAACAGUAAAUCAAGACACUCGCCUUGACAACAGAAUAUUAGAUCUACGUACAACAACAAAUCAAGCUAUAUAUAGAAUAGAAGCAGGAGUUUGUAAAUACUUCAGGGAUUACUUAAUGGAAAAGGAUUUUAUUGAAAUACAUGUUCCUAAAAUUAUAUCAGCUGCAUCAGAGGGAGGAGCCAAUGUAUUUACAGUGUCGUACUUUAAAGAUAAAGCCUACUUAGCCCAGUCUCCACAGCUGUAUAAACAGAUGGCCAUAACAGCUGACUUUGACAGAGUAUAUACCAUAGGACAAGUAUUUAGGGCAGAGGAUUCAAACACACAUCGCCAUUUAACAGAAUUCGUUGGACUUGAUUUAGAGAUGGCAUUCAAAUUCCAUUACCAUGAAGUUAUAGAAGUUAUUGGAGAUAUGUUUGUGCAUAUAUUUAAAAAUCUUAGAGACAAUUUACAAGAAGAAAUAGAAACUGUUGGUAGGCAGUACAAAUCAGAACCCUUUAAAUUUUUAGAACCAAGUUUAGUACUAACUUACAAGGAAGGUGUAAGGCUGUUACGAGACAAUGGUGUAGACAUGGGUGAUGAAGAUGAUCUCAGCACACCAGCAGAGAAAUUAUUGGGUAGAUUAAUAAAGCAAAAAUAUGAUACAGACUUCUUUAUCCUGGACAAGUUUCCCUUAGCAGUCAGACCAUUCUACACAAUGCCUGACCCAACUGACAAGAAAUGGAGCAAUUCUUAUGAUAUGUUUAUGAGAGGAGAGGAAAUUUUGUCUGGGGCACAGAGGGUCCAUUGUCCAGACCUUCUUUCAGAAAGGGCUAAAGAGAAAGGAGUUGAUCUAGAACAUAUCAAGUCCUACAUAGACUCCUUUAGAUAUGGAGCACCACCACAUGCUGGCGGAGGAAUCGGUAUGGAGAGAGUAACCAUGUUAUUUCUAGGACUUGAUAACAUUAGAAAAACAUCUAUGUUCCCAAGAGAUCCUAAACGUCUAACACCAUAAAUCAAGGACUACCAAAUAUCAGACAUUUUAUCUAAAUAAACAUAGAUAUGGGAAAGAACUUGUCAAAAUGCUGCAAU